AUCAAGUCAGCCGCGACCAGUUCACGAUAUCUCUAGAGUCUCAUAAGGCGCAUGGAUGCCUCCAUCAAACUUGCAUCCUCUCAAGACAUUAAAUAUUGGUCUGUGCAGGUACUACGCCUAUUCUAUUGACUUCAAUCUACCUAUUUUCACGCUUCAACUAUUGAUCUCUGUAUGAGUCACUGCAUUUCUGCGACCCUUGUUUAUCAGGACCCGUACCGAAGUCCGUGAUCUUGGCACUAGUAUAUAACACUCGUGCCUGCCUUGCCUAGUUACUCAUAUCACCGACGAAGUGGGAUGGGAAGUCGCACCAAGACAAGCCCGAACCUUACUUAAAGACUUCAAGUGACAUUUCGACUUGGUCAAAGAAACCUGAACCUAACAUCAUCCACCGCUGCCCAACGCAGCACAGCGAGUAUCUUCAGGUGGGAGCUGGGAACUAUGAGAUUCUAAGUCGGAUUUCUUGGAAUAAACAUACUCACUAGAACAUGGCACGAACCCGAAGUAGCAAACAGCUCUCUGUCGAGGAUUCCUGGCGUAUGGUAGAAGGAGGUGAUAACGACAGCUUCGAUACCGCAAUAGUUCAAGAUCCUUUCGAGGGUGACGCUCUCGUAUUCAGCAGCCAGUCCCAACCAUCCCAGCCAUAUUCAUCGCAAGACUUCAGUGUUGGUUCCCAGGACAGCAUUCACGAUUUUUAUGAUAGGGCCGACGAAGAUAACGUCAUUCGAAGAGCGCCCUUUCAACCUUCGCUUACUCCAAGGAACGUGUCUAUGGACAAAGACCGAACGCCUGUUCCUGAAUUCUUUAUGCCAGCCGUUGAUGUUGAAAGCCCACCGCGGAACAACCGUCGGUCUUCUAGAACCACUCAUCCCGUCAUGCAAGAACCACGAGUGACGAGGCGACGAGGUAAUCGUCAAGUGGACAACGAUCCAACUCCACGUAAACCCGGCACUCAACACGACGAGAACAGCGCUCCUCCCAGGCCCUCACUUAGUACUAGGUUCAUAUCAUCUGCCCCUGAGUUUCUUUUCGACUUCGCUUCCUGGGUUCUCGGCACCAUUCGGUUGGCUUUCCGCUACGCACAGUGGCCGAUAGCCAUCAUGCUCGCUAUUUACCUGAUUAUUGGCGUGUGUAUAAUGGCUAAGGACAUGCUCGUCAACUCGCUCACUGCACCGCUAGCACCAUUAUGCCGAGUACCUGGUGUGUCUCUAAUGAACCUCCCUUUCUGCCCGGAUAAUUUGCAAUCUGGAAAAGGAGACGGCUCGUCGCCCGUCGAGUUCGAAGAAUUGAUGAACGUGCAAUCUCAAUUUGAGAAGGUGCUUGAGGACUCUGCACAAGGCAUAUCUUUGCCGAUGGACAUGAAACGAUCGGAAGCAUCCGUCCGUGACCUACGAACGAUGGUUAAAUUCAGCGAAUUACCAACUCGCGCAGAGCUGGUACACGAAUUCGAUAACUAUAUCGAAGCCGUCCGCGUCGGUGCAGACGAUCUGCAGAUGUUCAAUACUCAUGUCGGCAGCGCAGUCGAUAGCGUCAUCAGCAUCAACCGGUGGACGUCGCGAUAUAUCGAUUCCAUUGCCCUGAACCGCGAGGCUAAUGAUAACAUGUUGUCUCGCUUUAGUGGUUGGCUCUUUUCACCAUUUCAAUCUCCAGGUUUUGAUGAACACGUCCUUCUCGAAAAGUACAUCGAACAUACAGCCAUGGUGGCGGACAAGAUCCAGACCCUAAUUUUGGAAGGGACGGCUGUAAUGCGCUUGCUUCACGAGGCAGAGGGCAGUCUCGAACUUAUCAACGAGCAUGUUGUGCACACGGGCAACGUCGUCAAGGAGAAGCACAAUGAGGUCUUCUGGAACGUCUGGACGCUCGUCGGGGCUAACACCCGCCGCCUGCAUAACCUGAAGGGUCAACUCAGCCUUCUACAGCAGGUCGAGACGCAGCGACACUCAGCGGUUCGGCAGCUAGGUAAAUUGAUACACGAUUUGACGGAUAUCCGGACGAAACUGAGCGACUUGAGGGAUCGAGUUGCCGCUCCGGAGCUCUUGGCGGACACAACGGACAUACCCCUGACCGUGCACAUCGAGACUAUCAACGCCGGUGUCGAGAGACUCGAGGCUUCACGGAGCCGUAUCCGGGCGGAGGAGAAUGAGCGGUUGCAGCAAGCGAUACAGAGAUCGAGGGAAGAUGAUCGUUUGAUCGAGGGUUGAUCGCACAAUAAGUUAAUGAGUGAUGAUAGAAAUUGUGGAUAUCAUGGGAUUGGGAAUUAAGGCUGUUGAACAUGAAUAACCGGAGUUUUGGGACCAGUUUGAGUUUGUGUACAACAUAAGAUACGGAUAGCGGGUUAAUAUUGAGUAACGAGCCCGUCACACCAGACAUUCUAGACUUCUAAGGUGAACUAGGUGGGCAUGGAAGGUUGUAGAUGACGGUAGUAGGGAAGCGCUCACGAUUAUGUUGGGAUGGUUCGUUCGCAGAGUAAUAAAGAGCUGUGAUGCAUGUCUCAUUGGCCCUCCUUCGCUUAGACUUGAGCUCAUAGCCUGCAUCUCUUCAGAGUAGAAGUAGUCGGGGUGGGUCACGCGAUCAUUAAUGUGACUGAAAGGGGGAAGCGGCUAGAAAAAAGGGGCGAGACUGAAGAAAUUCCCCACUAAGAUAAAGUCGUAUAUUUAACAUUUUUUUCUCUGUGUAUUGUAACCAAAUACAACUCAGCCUGCUUAAUUUACAAG